AUGAAAAUUGCAACAUUUCUUUUAAUUAAUGCUAUAUUUCUUGUACUGCCUCUACUAAUUGAGUCACGACCACCAGCUAAUAGGACUCAAAAGGUAGAACAACUUGCAGUUCAAGAGACGGCCAAAUUGUUAAAAGAAGAUAAAGAGCUAAGGGAAAAGAUUAAAUCGAACAAGAAUGAAGAUCUUGGUAAAGAUGGUAAAAUUAAUCCCAAUUUACAAGAGCUUAGUAGAAAAAUGAUAGAUAGAUUCGAUGAUCUUGAACAAGAAAAGAUACGUGAACAAAGAAAAUUACAAAAUCAACUACGAAAAGCUGAGAAGCAACAAGAGAAUCCAAAUGUACCAUUCCAGAAUACGGAUGGUGAGGAUCCACAUGAAGUAAUUGAGAGAAUCAAAGAAAGAUUGGGAGAGAUCGCUGAAGGAAUACGAUUAGUUGAAGAUGCCAAACAUCAGGAGUUCAUGCGGUAUGAAUACGAGAAAUUGUUACUUGAAAAAAAAAAUAUAGAAGAAAUGGUUAAAGAGCAAUCGAAAGCUGCUGAAGAUGACAAAAGUGGACACAGCAAUUCUGAGGAAAAGGCGAAACUUCAUCAUCCGGGAAGUAAAGCUCAACUACAAGAUGUUUGGGAAAAAGACGAUGGCUUUAGUCAAGGAGAUUUUUCACCUAGAUCAUUUUUCGCUGCUCAUGAUUUAAAUGGUGAUGGACAAUUAGAUUUUGCGGAGUUAGACGCAAUCAUGCAACGAGAGAGCCAUAAGCUUACCAAGAAUGAUGGUAGCAAUGAUGAAGUGAAAAUGAGAAAAAUUACAACCGGAAUGCGCAAUCACUUUGUCCGAGAGAUCGAUACCAAUAAAGAUGCUUUAAUCUCGUUGGAUGAGUUUAUUAAAGCUAGUGAAUCGAAAGAAUUCGAACACGAUGAAGGAUGGGACCCAGAGCGAGAGGAUAAUGAACAUAUGGAUCCCGAAGAAUUUAUGAGAUACGAACAGAGAAUUCGCGAGGCUGCGCACUUUGACAUGGAAGACCCAGAAAACCGUGAAUUUUUAAGGAUGUAG